AUGUGUUUGUCGGUCUGCGCGGUUUCGAACCCCGUUCGUGAAAUUUCCUGCCUCGAAUUUUGCCGCGUUAUUUUGCCUCAUAAUUGUAAUACAUCAAUAGAUUAUAGUUAUUUUUCAUCAAUUAUUGGCAUCAUGUCUAAAAAGAAUUUAACUCAACACCAGCAAGCAUAUAUUUCAACAUUCGGGGAGCCAACUACAGAGGAAGAGAAAAGAGACAUGAAUAAUCUUGUGGCUUCCUGGGAGAAAAUCCCGAAAAAGAAAUUCAAAGACAACAAUAAUAAAGAAAAAAUCCUCGAAGAGGAUACUUCUUCUAAAAUCUUACCAAUAGCAACUCAAAUAGAAAAUGAAAAAUUAGCUGCUAUUCAACAACAGAAAGAAAAGGCAACAGACACUCAACAACAACCAAUCGUAAUGACAACGCUCACCCAACCUACGUUACAAUAUCAAUUUGCUCCAGCAGUUACUACAUUAGCUCAAAAACAAAAUACUUCAACUACAGUGGGGCAAGAUAGCGUGGGUGAAAAGGAAGGUAAAAAUCUUAAAGGGGAAAUUUCCAAAGAUCCCACUAAUCCAGGAGCAUCAGAGCGUUCUCAAGCCGAGGAUAGUCUUACGAAAGCUCUCCUCGCCUGUGUUCAGAAGCUCAGUGGAUUUCAAUCAAUGGCAGUCCCACCAGUUCAUUCGAUAAACGAUAUUGGUGAGGGCCUCCAAAAUACCCCUAAUUCUCAGAUAUGUGGUACUUCAUCUUCCGCACUUCCUCAAAGUCUGCCACCACCGAAUAUACAGUUGGUGCCAGCCUUUCCACCACCGGCUAUUGAUGUGUCUGGUAUUCCUCUCGCUAAUGUUCGAGCGGAAGAGCCUGAAGGUAGUGGCCGCCGUACUCAAGAUGAUCGUACGCGGCGUCCUUAUGCUAGAGGAGUUCCGGAGUCUGGACGUCGCCCAUACCGUCAGGCAUCUUCAAUUCGGGGUCUUGUUGAUAAUCAUCUCCGGGGUCUUCGUACCCGUGCCGAGCAAAUUGCUACAGCUGCCUCCACUGCUUUGACUGAAAUUGAAGAAGAAAAUCGAUAUGGAAGAGGAGAAGAAUAUACACAAGACUUACUUGCGAUUGAGGGCGCAACUGCCCGACUUGUCAAAUCAAUACGUACCGCAUUUUCUCGCCUUCCCCCUCGCUAG